AGGCAGUCCUUUCUAGUUGAAUGGGAAAAAUAAAUGACAUGUUAAAAUGUCGAACAGAUUUGGGACUUGAGACUUCUCGCUAUUUUGAAGGCGUUAAACCUCCCAAAUAUCGUCAAGUAAUGUGACCUGAACUGCGUAGCAGUAGAUGUUGACAUCAUGGCAGGAAUUAGACAAAAAGGUGGAGGAAAUCGUGAGGCAAUAAGAGUGCAAGUGAUGAAAUGCGUGGGUUUCCUGCAGCCAGAGUACAAGACGUUCAGCAUUGAUCCAGAGAUCACCACCUUUGAGAUGCUGCAACUUCUGCUCAUGCAGGCAUUCCAACUGAAAAGUGAGUUCACCAUCAGCUAUUCAUCACGUGAUGAUCAAGCCAGGGAGGUGUAUCUGUCCCUGCUGUCUGAUUGGGACCUUGACUCUGCCAUACUCACCUCCUCCGAUCCUUGCCUGAGGCUCAAGGUGGACGCCAAACCGUUCGAAGGACCCGGUUUGCUUGAAGAUUGGGAUGUUAUCAGUGGCCAGGAUGUAUCUGGAAACAGCUCAGAUCGCAUGCGCUUUGUGCCAUUUGUCGGUGCUAUCAUGGACAGCGUGGGCAAGACCCUAACAAGAGUCUCGCGCAUCUUUCAGACAGUGGAGGGUGAGGAGGAAACCUAUGAAUUGCCCCGCUCGCCCUUGGACGACCACGAGUUCUUCACAUUUCUGGACCCUGUAGGACACUUGGAGAGGCCCCACGACCUGCGGCUGCGUGUUUACCAAGGCGGCAUCAAGCCGUCCCUGAGGAAGGUCGUCUGGCGACACUUGUUGAACAUCUACCCUGAGGGACUGACGGGGAAAGAACGCAUGCAGCAUAUCAAGGCCAAGUCCAUGGACUACCAGAAGCUGAAAAAUAAGCUGCUUUCAGAUCCUCGGGAGGACUUUAAGAACAUCAAGAACAUGGUCAGGAAGGACGUCCUGCGGACGGAUCGUUUGGAGGACUUCUACGCUAACUCAGAUGAGAACGUUGAAAAGCUCUUCAACUUGUUGGCCACUUAUGCCCUGUCGCACCCGGAGGUCUCCUACUGCCAAGGUAUGAGUGACCUGGCCUCCCCAAUCUUGUUUGUGAUGGAGGACGAGGCGCAGGCCUACAUCUGCUUUUGCCAGCUCAUGAAGCGUCUGGCUUGUAACUUCUUGCCGGACGGGAAGGCCAUGUCGGUCAAGUUCCUGCAUCUGACAGAGUUGAUCCGCUGCGUGGACCCGGACUUCUAUGAAUACCUCAAGGAGGAGAACGCCGACGAUCUGUACUUCUGCUACCGGUGGCUCCUGCUGGAACUGAAACGAGAGUUUGCCUUCACGGAUGCUCUGAGGAUGAAAGAGAUUAUGUGGAGUUCUCUACCACCAGAUCCUCCCAGCGAACAGGGCGUGGAAUUAGCGUCGUCCUCUGAUGCCUCCCCGUCAGCAUUUGCCGCCGAGAGACUCCGCUUCCGGUUCUCUCGGGGCCAUAGUGUUUCCAAAGAGAGCAUUAGCGGCGUUGGUAAAUCCGAUAGCCCUGUCUCCAAUAGGAAAUCAGCUGAGAAAACUGAUAUUCAGGGAAAGGUCGAUGAAUGUGACGAAAGCAAAACAGGUGAUGAAAGUAUACCUGACAAUAACACAAGCACAAAUGAAUCCAAGCAAACUGUUCAAGACUCCAGUAUCAGCAACUCCACUCAUAAAUCCGCUAAGAGAAGCGAAACACCCAUAAAACGUAGCUACUCGGCUACCGUUGACACCACGUGCAGCGACACAAACAGUACAAGUAACUCCAACGGCAGCGUGAAUCACCGCUUGAUGUCCGCCAACGAGCGACAGAGUCCCCCUUCCAACUUAGGCGUCCAGCCCAAGAGUCUGUCUAAGUCCCAGAGCAGCCCUGUCCUGUCUCAGAAAGGAGUCAACAAAGGUCACCACCGUAAGUCCUCUCCCAAAAGUCCAUCCAAGACCCCUUCCAGUCCGGUCCGUAACCCUUACCGGGGCUUGCCCCCUCCCCAGGACUUUGGCGGCGGCAACCCCUUUGUCAUGUUUGUCUGCCUGGCCAUGCUGAUGGACCAGCGCAACGGGGUGAUGGCACAUAAACUGGACUACAACGACAUGGCUAUGCUGUUUGACAGCAUGGUGCGCAAGCACAGCCUGGGCAAGAUCCUGAGUCACGCCAGGAUGCUGUAUUCGGAGUAUCUGCAGUCGGAGGCCUCCAAGGUGGACCCGGCCAAAAUCAGCCUGGAGGAUAGCGCGGACAUUAUCAACAUGAACGGAGGGCCUAAUAUGCCGGCCAACUCCACAUAGCUUUGAAACUUCACUCAAAACAAACAGGUCAAGUAUACAUGUAACAAGUAUUAUAUUGUGCUUCAAAUGUACAUCUCUAAUCUCUUUUAUGUAUGGUUUCACAAAAUGGUGCGGUAAUGGGCUUUUUGUGUGUGUGAUAUAUCUACAUGUAAGUCAAUGUAUAUUUUGCAUAAUUAACGUGUGAUUCACUGUAAACAUGCUAUUUUCACUAACACAUACAUCAGACUGCAGCACUGUAACGUUCUGUAAAGCUGUCUUUAAUAGUUUGUCCAUCAUAAGAAAUAUGUCAUUGAACAUGUUGAAGAUAACACUUUCUGCAGAGGUGAAAAAGGUUCUGAAAGUGAAUUCCCAGUCUUUUUCAUUAUGUACAGGUAUCCUUUGAUCAGCAUACAUGUGCACACCAUAGGUCUACCGUCUUGUGUCGAAAGUUUCAAACUUUGUUGAUGUCAUGUAUAAAAUGCAUGCAUUUGUAUGUAUCUUGCAAAUAAAGUGAUUAAACAGAUGACUAUACCAUACAUGUAUUCAAAGUAAACUAUGGAGUACCAAAGUGUGACGUCAUUUAGAACCAGAAAGUGUAGUGCAUCUAAAUGGAGUACGCGUGCAUGUUGGUUCGCGGUCUGAAUCACGCGCGUGACGUAUUCACUUCGGUACUCCAUUGCGGUAGUCAUCCCAUGACCGCGAGUGGCAUAUGGCACACAGGUGCACUACAUUUUUAGUGCUGGACAACAAAUUAAACUUCAAGCAAACUUGACACGCAUUCAGGAACUUUUCAGCGGCUAUCCUAAAGUAUUACAAGUGCGUGCAGCUUGUUGAAUACUGCGCGUAUCUUAGAAUAGCACGAUACUUAGAGUGCAAUGUGGACUGUAUGCUAUAAGGGAUAAUAUCACACUGCCGCCAUGGAUCGACCAAUCAGGAUCCAGGAUUCGAUUUUGGUUGAGGAAUAAUUGUUUUUGUUUUUUAAUUCAUGUAGUAUGGAGUAUUACCGAUUGUAUUCAGUUUUUCGCAAUACAACUUAAUGUCUGUUAUUUCUGUCUUUGAGCAAUUGUCAUGUGAUGUCGGUCAGUGCCAGAAUAUCGUGCCUCCUUUUUGACCUUGCCUAUACAUGUAUAUUACAAUUGUAUUACAUAACAUGUUAAAAUAUGUGUAUGUAUUUCUACAUGUGCACAACCUGGUCUCCCUCAAGGGCAGAACCAGAGAGGUCCCGGGGGGGGG